ACCAAAAACAAGGGGUCGCUUGUCGAAACCAUCCUUGCGGCCGUUGGAUCUCCUGGGGAGUUGCACCGCCGAAUCCUGUCCUUCCAGAUGCGAGUGUACCGGUCGAUCCCAAGAUGUCAAACGUUGUUUUCGAAUAUUCACACCAUCAUCAGCCUGAGCGCCAUGACGUUUGGAAUGAGCUCUGCCAUGCCUGAGCCCCAGCCAGUCAGCGACGCCAUCCAAAGUAUCCUGGAUGAUAAGAUCUUCGAGUCCAACAAGUGUGACACAGUUCUUUACUCGCUUGUCAACAAGCACGUCUACACGGGAUCGUCCAUGUACUGGGUGGCUGCAUUGGUAUCAUGGAUCCUCGAGUAUUGCGCCUACCUUGCUCGGCAGCUCUACCUUCUGCUGAAUCUGAAACGCAAAUCAAAGAACCUAGCAGGGCUCAACUCGGAUAUCCUGGAGCGUUCAAAUCCGCUCGUGAUACUGUUCCACCCCGGCUCUCGUCGGCUUUUGCAAGAAGCUGUCCUCUACUGCAAAUACUUCAGGAUCCAACUGGCAUGCGUCGUCCGGAAGGAGCAAGCCAAGCUCAGCUCUGCUGGAAAAGGCGCUAAGCCUUCGCAAAACGCAAUGGGGUUUCUUCGAAAGCUGGAUCAAAUGUUCAUGCGCACCCGUCUGAUGCUGGAGCCAUUUGCCGAGUUCCUUUUCAAAGUGGACCGUAUUUUGAGGCCGAUCGAGACUCAGCUUCAAGAGCAGCAUGGCCAUGAUCAGUGGAAGCAGUGCUGUGCCGAGAUGCUCAUCAAAGGCUCCGUACCGGCAAUGUAUUUCAGCAGCAUUGCAACGAUCAAGCAGCUGUUUGAAGCCAAGUCGCCGGGACUUGCCUUUGUGUGGACCAAUAGCGGCGCGCAGCAUGCCAGCCCAAACCUGACCGAGCAGCAUCCGUCCAAUCCCAUGUUUGUGGGAUCCGAUGCCUCUCGGCUCUACAUUGGCCGUAUCAUCGAGCCCUUCGAUCGGGUUCAAUCAACACGGAAGCGCGCUCGGGGCGAUAGGGACAACGCCGCCUCUGUAAAGCCCGACGAGCCCACUCCCAGCGCCAUCCAGGUGGUGAAGCAGCACCACGAUAUCAUCACACGGCAUCCAAUUCUAACCCCCAAAUGUGUUCGGCAAUGCACUGGCUGCUUCCACUACUCGGGGGGAGUGGCCGAUCUCGGCACUGUUGCCUCGCCAACCGUAAUCAAGUUCAAGGCCGAAAACACCACCAAGGGUAUCCGGAAGCCUUUCUUUGUCGAGAUCCGGCCGUCAACUGCCGAAGCGGGCGCCGACCGGACCAAACAAGCGGUGCUGAUGCCGCCGUGGGAUCAUCACUAUGCUUCCAUGUGUAUAUGUGGAAGCGACUGGAAGCGCGUCCAUUGACGAGAUUCUUGCUAUGGAGAAGCAUCGCUCGUACUGGAA